UAUUAAAUCAUGAUUGUCGUGUCCAAUAAUCAAACCCUCCCUGAACCAUCACUGCGGCCAGGUUCAUCAUCAAAUACCUGUGGGAUAUGGUGAUGCCUUGAUACGUAUCUGUCUAGUGAUAUAUCGCUCCUAUAUCCGAGAAAAAUCAUCAGAUCUCUAAUAUUACUAAAACUAGGGUUGUCUCGGUUCUGAAUUUGAUUUCAAUGACUUCCGUUGUGAAAUCAGAGGAGGAAUGGCGUGCAAUUCUCUCUGCUGAACAAUUCCGCAUCCUUCGUAGCAAAGGAACUGAGCCAAAAGGCACCGGCGAAUAUGACAAGUUUUUUGCUGAUGGGAUUUACACUUGUGCGGGUUGUGGAACACCACUUUAUAAAUCAACAACCAAAUUCAACUCUGGCUGUGGCUGGCCUGCUUUCUUCGAGGGUCUCCCUGGAGCAAUCACCCGCACCCCAGACCCAGAUGGAAGGAGGACCGAAAUCACUUGCACAGCUUGUGGAGGGCACUUGGGUCAUGUGUUUAAAGGCGAGGGGUUCAAGACACCUACAGAUGAAAGGCAUUGUGUUAACAGUAUCUCUGUCAAGUUUACCUCCCAAGACAGCCCAUCUUCUAUUUGACAUUUCUAAUCGAAAUUGUAGCUCCAGAAUAAGUAUUUCUAGGCUUUGAAUUGCUUUGUGUUUUGUAAUGCUGAAAGCUGUUGUGGUAUCUUAAAUUGCAUGCUCUACUUCGUCUUUCUAUU